AUGGGUCACGUGGGAGCAUGCAAGGUGCAUCGUGUCACCAUGGCGGUCAUCAUCGUCCUGUUUUGGAUGGUGCCCGCCGUUACCUGCAUCGGUUUCCUCGCGGUCCACUACCGCCGCAAACGCGCGGACGAGCGGCAGAAGGCACUUCACCAGCUGCCGGAGGUCUCUGGGACCUCGCCGGCCGCCUCUCCGAUCUGGCGACCGCUGCAGUGCGCAUCAAGCACGCCUCAAUCCUCAUCUUCAUCCCACGCCAUCCUUGCAGACGACAGUGAGGCUUCCCACAGCGGCGGCCGCGUAGCGGACCUUGACCACGCUUCAGAAGGUCUCGUCGAGUUCCCUGUGCCGGGCAACGACGAGAGCUUAUCACCGCAGUCCCGAUGCACCACACCAUCCACCACCGCAUCCUGCGGCCUGCCCAAGACGAAAGAGUUUGAGAUGGCGGCUCUGCGUGCCGUCACUCCACCUUCUAUGGAGCGCCUUUCAGAGAAACAACACCCCAGUCACAUCCACAAGGAAGACGACGUGAGCCCCACGACUACCAUGAGCUUGCCACCGACAAUACAAUCCAGCCACGAUGUCCCUGCUCACGAUGAAACACUCGGCAGCACCGUCCUUCACCACUCGACACACACACCUAUACCACUACAUCUUCAAACACACUUAAUAUACCAACUCAACAGCCACACACAACACCAGAAGACUCCCACGGCUAGCGUCCAGGCUGCCGAGGAGGCGGCGCGCCUGGCGGCCGAGCAUGAGGCCGAGCAGGUCCGCGUCUGUGCCCUCGAGGAGGCGGCGCGUCUCCGCGCUGAGCUGGGGGCUGCCGAGGAGGCGGCGCGCCUGGCGGCCGAGCAUGAGGCCGAGCAGGUCCGCGUCCGUGCCCUCGAGGAGGUGGCGCGUCUCCGCGCUGAGCUGGGGGCUGCCGAGGAGGCGGCGCGCCUGGCGGCCGAGCAUGAGGCUGAGCAGGUCCGCGUCCGUGCCCUCGAGGAGGCGGCGCGUCUCCGCGCUGAGCUGGAGGCUGCCGAGGAGGCGGCGCGCCUGGAGGCCGAGCAUGAGGCCGAGCAGGUCCGCGUCUGUGCCCUCGAGGAGGCGGCGCGUCUCCGCGCUGAGCUGGGGGCUGCCGAGGAGGCGGCGCGCCUGGCGGCCGAGCAUGAGGCCGAGCAGGUCCGCGUCUGUGCCCUCGAGGAGGCGGCGCGUCUCCGCGCUGAGCUGGGGGCUGCCGAGGAGGCGGCGCGCCUGGCGGCCGAGCAUGAGGCCGAGCAGGUCCGCGUCUGUGCCCUCGAGGAGGCGGCGCGUCUCCGCGCUGAGCUGGGGGCUGCCGAGGAGGCGGCGCGCCUGGCGGCCGAGCAUGAGGCCGAGCAGGUCCGCGUCUGUGCCCUCGAGGAGGCGGCGCGUCUCCGCGCUGAGCUGGGGGCUGCCGAGGAGGCGGCGCGCCUGGCGGCCGAGCAUGAGGCUGAGCAGGUCCGCGUCCGUGCCCUCGAGGAGGCGGCGCGUCUCCGCGCUGAGCUGGAGGCUGCCGAGGAGGCGGCGCGCCUGGCGGCCGAGCAUGAGGCUGAGCAGGUCCGCGUCCGUGCCCUCGAGGAGGCGGCGCGUCUCCGCGCUGAGCUGGAGGCUGCCGAGGAGGCGGCGCGCCUGGAGGCCGAGCAUGAGGCCGAGCAGGUCCGCGUCUGUGCCCUCGAGGAGGCGGCGCGUCUCCGCGCUGAGCUGGGGGCUGCCGAGGAGGCGGCGCGCCUGGCGGCCGAGCAUGAGGCCGAGCAGGUCCGCGUCUGUGCCCUCGAGGAGGCGGCGCGUCUCCGCGCUGAGCUGGAGGCUGCCGAGGAGGCGGCGCGCCUGGCGGCCGAGCAUGAGGCUGAGCAGGUCCGCGUCCGUGCCCUCGAGGAGGCGGCGCGUCUCCGCGCUGAGCUGGAGGCUGCCGAGGAGGCGGCGCGCCUGGAGGCCGAGCAUGAGGCUGAGCAGGUCCGCGUCCGUGCCCUCGAGGAGGUGGCGCGUCUCCGCGCUGAGCUGGGGGCUGCCGAGGAGGCGGCGCGCCUGGCGGCCGAGCAUGAGGCUGAGCAGGUCCGCGUCCGUGCCCUCGAGGAGGCGGCGCGUCUCCGCGCUGAGCUGGAGGCUGCCGAGGAGGCGGCGCGCCUGGAGGCCGAGCAUGAGGCCGAGCAGGUCCGCGUCUGUGCCCUCGAGGAGGCGGCGCGUCUCCGCGCUGAGCUGGGGGCUGCCGAGGAGGCGGCGCGCCUGGCGGCCGAGCAUGAGGCCGAGCAGGUCCGCGUCUGUGCCCUCGAGGAGGCGGCGCGUCUCCGCGCUGAGCUGGGGGCUGCCGAGGAGGCGGCGCGCCUGGCGGCCGAGCAUGAGGCCGAGCAGGUCCGCGUCUGUGCCCUCGAGGAGGCGGCGCGUCUCCGCGCUGAGCUGGGGGCUGCCGAGGAGGCGGCGCGCCUGGCGGCCGAGCAUGAGGCCGAGCAGGUCCGCGUCUGUGCCCUCGAGGAGGCGGCGCGUCUCCGCGCUGAGCUGGGGGCUGCCGAGGAGGCGGCGCGCCUGGCGGCCGAGCAUGAGGCCGAGCAGGUCCGCGUCUGUGCCCUCGAGGAGGCGGCGCGUCUCCGCGCUGAGCUGGGGGCUGCCGAGGAGGCGGCGCGCCUGGCGGCCGAGCAUGAGGCCGAGCAGGUCCGCGUCUGUGCCCUCGAGGAGGCGGCGCGUCUCCGCGCUGAGCUGGAGGCUGCCGAGGAGGCGGCGCGCCUGGCGGCCGAGCAUGAGGCCGAGCAGGUCCGCGUCUGUGCCCUCGAGGAGGCGGCGCGCCUGGCGGCCGAGCAUGAGGCUGAGCAGGUCCGCGUCCGUGCCCUCGAGGAGGCGGCGCGUCUCCGCGCUGAGCUGGAGGCUGCCGAGGAGGCGGCGCGCCUGGCGGCCGAGCAUGAGGCUGAGCAGGUCCGCGUCUGUGCCCUCGAGGAGGCGGCGCGUCUCCGCGCUGAGCUGGGGGCUGCCGAGGAGGCGGCGCGCCUGGCGGCCGAGCAUGAGGCCGAGCAGGUCCGCGUCUGUGCCCUCGAGGAGGCGGCGCGUCUCCGCGCUGAGCUGGAGGCUGCCGAGGAGGCGGCGCGCCUGGCGGCCGAGCAUGAGGCUGAGCAGGUCCGCGUCUGUGCCCUCGAGGAGGCGGCGCGUCUCCGCGCUGAGCUGGGGGCUGCCGAGGAGGCGGCGCGCCUGGCGGCCGAGCAUGAGGCCGAGCAGGUCCGCGUCUGUGCCCUCGAGGAGGCGGCGCGUCUCCGCGCUGAGCUGGGGGCUGCCGAGGAGGCGGCGCGCCUGGCGGCCGAGCAUGAGGCCGAGCAGGUCCGCGUCUGUGCCCUCGAGGAGGCGGCGCGUCUCCGCGCUGAGCUGGGGGCUGCCGAGGAGGCGGCGCGCCUGGAGGCCGAGCAUGAGGUCGAGCAGGUCCGCGUCUGUGCCCUCGAGGAGGCGGCGCGUCUCCGCGCUGAGCUGGGAGCUGCCGAGGAGGUGGCGCGCCUGGAGGACGAGAUGCACGUGCAGGCAGCAUCGUCGAGCUACAAUGAUGAGUACAGGGUUCGAAUGCUGGCGAGUGCGCGGUCGGACCUGAGGAUGCCGCCGCCUCGGCCGUUCAUUGGCUUUUCACUGUUGGAGGAUGUGGAGAAGGGCAUCCUUAUGGUGGACGGACUUUACAGGGAUGGUCCGGCCUACCAGACAGGCAUCCGCCUCGGGGAUGUUCUGCUGCGUAUCGCGGGGGUUUACGUGGAUUCAAUCGCGAAGGCGAGGCGGGUGGUGGAGGCGCGGUGCCGCUGCGGCUGCGUAGUUCCCAUGACCCUGGCGACGAAGAUGAACCAGCAGUACAGCGUGGCUCUGUGGAUCAUGACGGUGGAUCGGCAGUACACCGACAAGCCAUUCUAUUUUGAUGUGCGCAUGCACCACCGCAUCGAGAGUUCGCAGAGGGGGAAGAGGGCGCAGUGGUUGGAGGUAGGCAGCCCAUCCACAUCUUUGGCUUCCACGCCCCUCAUGCCGAGCUGGCGUGAGGCGAUGCCGCGUCGGGGCUCAGAGCUGCGGUCAAGUGCGCGUUCAGCCUUCGUUGCCACGUCGUACUUCUCGAGCGCGCGCAGGUUGGCCAAGUCAGAAAGUGAGCGACCGCGCGCAUCCUCCAGCGUUGCUAUGGCGGAGGAGGCGGAGGAGGCGGAGGAGGCGGUGGAGGCGGUGGAGGCGAUCGCGGUGGCGCCGGACGGGUACACCACACCCAACGAAGUGCGCGACCGUAGUUGA